UAACUUGAGGAGGACAUGUCCUAAGAUCACUAAUAUAUCAGUUGAUGGAAUUCGUCAUUUCUCAUCUUUGCUCCAUUGGGUUGUUUUCUUGAUUCGUCGUCUUCAGAUUGAUUAUGGCUAAUUUGGGUUCAAGCUAAGUAUUAACCUUGGAUAUGUGAGUGAACUCUAAACAGGAUCCGCCAGGUGUUUGUUGAAAGUCCUGAAAGAAACUAGACAUUAUCAGUUUAAGAUGUCAAGGUUCAAUUGCUUUUUUCAACUGGCUGGGAAGAAGAAGAAGAAUAAAGAUAAGGAUUUUUCAAAAGGUUCUGAUUAUAAUAGGAAGCUUAAAACCUUGAAUGUGAUGCUUGAAUCCCCUGCGAAAACUUGUGAACCUAAUGGUUCAAAUUCAACUUCUUUUACCAUGCCGGUUCCAUUUUCCAUACCAGAAAACGCUAGAUGCAAUGUGAAGGUAACAAAAAGCCACGAUAGUCCUGUUAAGGAUGAGGCCAUGGAAGUAGCAUAUGAAGGGGGAGAUGAGCAUGAAGAGAACCAACCCAUUAAAAAGGACUUUUCUGAUCAUGUAGAUCUGCAUACUCAUUCCCUAGAGAAAAAGUCGGUUCAUUUUGAUCAAUUUGAGAAUCCAAGUGAGAAAGAUGAUGAUGAUGAUGAUGCUAAGUUGAGCCUUGAGAUAAUGCAAAGUGGCCAUGUGAGUGAUCCAGGGACAAGAAAGGCGGAGUUCUUGGCUUCGCCAAAGCUGAAACGAUCUUGUUCUAAUCUGGAAACGAGAAGCAUGUUUAGGAGAAACACCGAGCAGGCUUCCAUGUUGCACACUUAUUUGAACGAAGAGUUGGAGAAAUUAGUGGAGAGAGGAACCAACAAUUUCCGGCCACAUCACCAAGGCAGUCCUACUUCUAUCAUGACCCGUUGCAGUGCAGAUAAAGUGAUGUUGAAGAAGCAUUCAUCAAGCCAAAUACUUCCUUCAGGCAGCAGGAAAAUAUGGUGGAAGUUAUUUCUCUGGAGCCACAGAAAUAUGUCUAUGCUAUGGACAAACAAAAACCAAGUUCCCGAAAACUCAAAUUUCAAUCAGCAAGGCGGGUACUCAUCAGAUACCCUGGAACCGAGCAGGGCCUUGAAGUUGGAUCAAGUGGAAUCUCCCAUCUCUAAAAGCCGUUUGUGGCCUCAGAACCAAUGGCUGGCUUUCUCUGCUGAAUCACCUUUAAGCAGAGUGGACGAAUGGAUGAAAGAACUCCCAAUUCAACCUCAACUCCUCAAAAAGGAGGACGAUAACGACUGUCUUAUAUCCUAUCCUCCUUCGCCAGCUAGAAGCUCGACACCCACGCCAACUCAGAGUGUUCCAGAAGAGAUUUUGCAUGCAAACAGAGUAAUACAAUCUCUCAAUUCUUCGUCAACUGUCGCGCACAUAGCAGGAACUGGCUUGAAAGUCAUCCCCAGCCUUUCAAUAUUUUCCAGCCUUCGAUGUGUUAACUUAUCUAAUAACUCCAUUGUUCAUGUAAGUCCUGGAUCUCUGCCAAAAGGUCUCCAUGCUCUCAACUUAUCUAGGAACAAGAUCACUUCUAUAGAAGGGUUUCGAGAGCUGACUCGGUUACGCGUGUUGGAUCUUAGUUACAACCGUCUUACCAGAAUUGGACAUGGGUUAUCAAACUGUACAAUAAUAAAAGAGCUUUAUCUAUCUGGGAACAAAAUCGGAGAAAUCGAGGGAUUACACAGACUCCUGAAACUGACAGUACUAGAUUUAAGCUUCAACAAGAUAACCACAACAAAAGCACUUGGUCAGCUUGUGGCAAAUUACCAAUCUCUCCUAGCUCUGAACCUGUUAGGAAAUCCUGUCCAGAUCAAUGUUAGUGAUGAUCUUCUCAGGAAGAAUGUCUGCAGUCUCCUCCCGAAACUCGCUUAUUUGAACAAAGAGGCAGUGGAUAAUCAGAAGGCUCGGGAAAUAAAAGAGAGCGUUGGUAAAUCUGCAUUAGGGAAUAACAGUUGGAACUCUCGUAAAAGAUCGACGAAAAGAGCUAGCCAUGGACGUCAAAUUUCUUCCGGCAGUGGGCAUAGGCAGAGAUCAGCUAGCCGUACCCCACGCCACGGUUCGAUGCUGAGGAUAGACUCUUCUGCUGUUCGUGCUUCACCAUCCUAUUCAAAACCACAGAUUUGAUUUUUUUUCUCAAAUGCUUUCUUUCUGUGUAUAGAUUUUAGGACUUAGGAGGAACAUUGUUAAUAUGGAAAAUGCCUGAAAUGUGUGAAUAAACGUUAUGUUGUGUGUAAAAUUUCAGUAUCAAACUUUGCCUAACUUGUUAAUAAAUAAAAAAUCUUAA